UUAUUUAUUUUCUUACAUGCCGAAGAGCCCAUCGGCGCGCGCCACGCGCACGUCACGACGAGCUGCAGAGACGGAACGUCUGCGGCGCGUUCGCAUAAAGUUAUUUAACGUUCAAAGUAGAAAUCACACCCUACUGAGCGUGCUACAGAAAGACUUUUGUUCUGUAAUUUCUCCUCUUGCACGCAACUACGGCGUGCACGUGUUGCGCGUGUCGAUGGAGCUGCGCGUUGCUCCUUUAACUGUGUUUUAGUAAACGAAACCGAAAUGCGUUCGGAGAAGCGGUAACGGUUUUUUUUUGUAUCUCUGCAGCUCUUUUGAUGGGAAGACAGUUACGUAAGCUGCGGUCGCGGCCGAGUCUGACGCGAUGCCAGGACGAAUCCCAGACCCCUCUGUGACAGCGGGCUCCCUGCCCAGCCUGGGCGCCCUGGCUGAGAUCUCGGCCGCCGCGCUGGCCGACAAGCUGAAAUUCGGUGACCUCCAUGAGUUUGGCGCAAUGCUGUCACCUCUGCACUUCCUGGACGGUACGGGGAAGAGGGCCCUGGUGAUCAAAACCGAGAGAGAUGAAGAAGACGACAGGAGGAAGCGAAGGCGGGAGAAAAACAAAGUGGCCGCGGCGCGAUGUCGGAACAAGAAGAAGGAGAGAACGGAUUAUCUUCAAAAUGAAUCGGAGCGACUGGAGUCGUUGAACUCUGACCUGAAAGCCCAGAUCGAGGAGCUGAAGCUGGAACGACAGCAGCUGAUCCUCAUGCUGAACCGCCACCGGCCCACGUGCAUCGUCAGGACGGACAGCGUCCAAACGGCGGAGAGCGAGGCCGAGUGAAGGCGACGGCCCACAGACGGGAACGCGCCGAGGACGGGCAGCACUUAAGAGCCGGAGGGAGAACCAGCACCUCGCACCUCCACUCGGAACCUUACGCCACACAUCGUGGAUCCUGCGGCUGAAUCGUAUAUUCUUUGUCUUUCCGGCUCUCCUGAUUUUUUUGUUUUGUGUGUGAUUGUGGUCAUCGGAGCUCCAGCCACUGUAAGUAUGAAGUUAAACAAACAGCUGUCGGCACAUUACUUUACAUUCUUUACAUCCGGUUUGUUUUAUAGUGUAUUUGUACUUUAGUCUUCUUUGCUUUAGCCAGCGCUUCAACAUAUAUCCAGCAGCUAAAAUGGUUUCCCGCUAUUGAGCUCAAUAGUCAAAUGAACUAUUUCAUUUGUAUUCUGGGAUUCUUAGGAUGUUUAACUGAAGUGCAACCAGAGGAGGGCAAAGAGGAAGACCUAAUUGAUACAUUUAGUUUAAAUUGCUCACUCAAUUAAGAAAAUAGUACAUUUUUCAAUACUUCUACCCACAGACAGCCAGGAGUUAUUUUACUACAUAACAACCUCCACGAUUCUUUGCCAUGAAUUGCUUCGUGAACUAAACACAUUUUGGUUCUUUCUUUCAUUUGGUGGCUGAGAGGUUGAUGCUUUUAUUUGUUGGUUUUGGCGCAGGCGUCAUGUAUGCACAUAUAUAUGUAUCUGUGUGUGUGUGUGUAUAUAUAUAGAUAUGGACUGUUUACAUUGUACUUUAUUUUCUGUUAGGAUAUUGUUAAGACCAAUUGUGUUUUUUUUAUACUUUUGUAUAUGAUUUUAUAUAAAUAUAUAAGCACAAAAUCCCUUUUUGUAUUUCCUUAAGAAAUAAAUAUUUUGUUUUUUUUCCUUGGAUUUAAUUGCGUCCUCCACGUUUGUAAUCAUUAUUAUUUCCAUGAACAAACUUAACCGGUUAACGGUGCCAUCUGGUGGCGUGGAGCAUCUCAACCCGACUGACCCUGUACGUCUACAUUCAGUCACACGUUUGUUACAGUUCUGUGCAGGAACAAUUUUAACAUUUUGAACUUGCCAUUGUUCCUCUUCAGCAUGUCACUUUCCCCUCAAGGUCAGGAUCAUUUCUGUCAGGGAGGUGUUCAGGGAUCUGCUGAGGGAAAGAUUUGUUUUGGCUGCAGGCAAUAUAAUACAAAUUAUAACCGUGGAAAUGAAUGGAAUUUAAUGUUUGUCUCAUGAAGCAUAUGUUUGACCUUAUUCCCUUCACCUCAUGUUGUGUUAAAUUUGCCAAACUUUUCAAAUGCCUUUUUACUUUGACGUUUCUGGUGUAAUUUCAUCACUUUUUUACACGUUCAGAUUUUGACCUGAUAAAAGUAUAAUACUAAGCUACUUACAGGAAAACCCAGCUUCCAACAAGGCUCACUUUGUCCUCAGAGGAGGAUUAUAGUAAAAAAAUAUGACCAACAAAA